AUGGAAGAAGUUCCAAUCUUCAGAGCUACGAAGCGUAGGAAAUUUGCACGACCUCAUCAAGAAUCAUCUGCAGAAUCUCCCGAUGCAGCUGCUUUGAAGACGGAUGAUGUGGUGUCAAGCGGUGGGCACGAGACUCGAGAUGAUGAUGAAGACGAAGGUGGAAUUUCGAGUCUGAUACGUGCACGAAAGCACGUUCGAAAGGCUGUGUCUGGUGUCCAAUUUUCAAAUACCAAGGUUACGCAACGAGCGGAUAAAGCCACUGAGAUGGAGGUCAUCAAACCAGAUCAGGAUGCCGACAAGCCCAUAGACAUCACCAACCGGUUUGUCGGAAGCACCGGGCAGGUUGUGAAUGUCGAUCAGCAUAUGGUUGCAUUCAUAGACUCCGAAAUGGCUAGGAGACGGGCCCACCUCGUCACUCCUGCAAACUUUCCUCAGAGGAAUUCGGAAGAAGACACAUAUCGAGAUGCUCCAUCAUCCGACGAGUCAGGAUCGCCAAUCCAGAAAACAUCCGGAACCAAUCCCACCUCCACCCGCCAACUGGCCGAAGUCGACCUGGGAAAUUCUGUACAUGAUACUAACCUAGCCCGCACGAUGGCUGCACUCGAACGCGUCAAGGCUGGUCGAGCUCCGGUCGAAGAAGUGGACAAACCACCGAAGCCUCGAAAACCACGUCUAGGAAGGGACGGUAAACCCUUCAGGCCACGACCCAGGAAGCGAAGGAACAGCGAAGACAUUGCGCGGGACGCCCUUGUGGAGCAAUUUCUCCAUGAGAAUAAAAUUGACCUGUAUGAUACGAACACUCCAGGAUUAACGAGUGCCCCGGGGGCGGCAGCUGGCGAAGCCGCCGAAGACGAGGGUGACACGGACGAUCGCUUUGCUGAACAAUUUCGGCAACAGUUCAUGGACGCGAUGGCCGAGAGGAGGAACAGGCAUAAACAGCCCAAUCAGCCAAAGGGCAAUCUGCCAAAGGGCGGCGCAGCUGUCACGGAAUCACGAGGUCCAAAGCUCGGAGGGAGUCGAAGCGCAAGAGCAAAGAUGAUGCAGUGGCAACAGCAACAAAAGCAAGAAGGGCAAGCGGGAACGAAGAAGUGA